AACUUAAUAUUUAACCUAAAUCUGAAAUUGGAGAUUUUUCAACCAUCAAUGUGUUACACAUUUAUGCGUGUACUUACCGGCAAAGACAAUAAUUGAAUGAGAUGUAAUACAUCAAAGCAUAUCAAUAAUUGAAUGAGGACAGGGGCACUUUUUGAGUCAAUAGAGGGCAAGAAACAUUAGCAUACACGCCAUGAGCUUUUUGAAAAUUUUAUUUCGUGAGCAGGAAAUUAGGGGGGAAACUUUUCAAGCAUCCACACGGUUUGAAGCACUGGCUCUUCUCAAAUGGAAAGCCAGCCUUCAAAACCACAGUCAUUCCCUUCUGUCAUCAUGGACUCUUUUUUCUGCAAAUUCCACAAACACUUCUAGCCACCUCAAAACCAAGAUAAGUCCAUGCACUUGGUUUGGAAUCUCUUGCAAUCGUGCUGGAAGUAUCACAAGUAUUAACUUGACACGCACAAGUCUGAAAGGCACACUUCAUGAACUAUCAUUCUCAUUAUUUCCCAAUCUUGCAUUCAUUGAUCUAAGUGUGAAUGAACUCUUUGGUGUCAUCCCUCCUCAAAUCAGCCACCUAAAAAAUCUAGAGGUCCUUUACCUUUAUUCAAAUAAGUUAUCUGGUUCUAUUCCUAAUGAGAUAGGAAACUUGAACUCCCUAACAAAUUUAGCUUUGGGGGAUAAUCAAUUGAGUGACUUUAUUCCUAAUUCUAUUGGAAAUAUGAGCAACUUAAAAGCUUUAUACCUCAACACCAACAACCUUUCUGGCUCCAUUCCUGAGGAGAUAGGCAACUUGAAGUCUAUUUCGGAUUUGCAGUUGGGCAUAAAUCACUUGAGUGGCUCUAUUCCUCGUUCCAUUGGAAAUUUGAGCAAUUUAAAAUUUUUAUACCUUUGCACCAACAACCUUUCUGGCGCCAUUCCUGAGGAAAUAGGCAACUUGAAGUCUAUUUCAAAUCUAAUAUUGAGCGAAAAUCAGUUGAGUGGCUCUAUUCCUCGUUCCUUUGGAAAUUUGAGCAAUUUAGAAGUUUUAUACCUCUACACUAACAACCUUUCUGGCUCCAUUCCUGAGGAGAUAGGCAACUUGAAGUCUAUUUCAGAUUUGCGGUUGGGCAUAAAUCACCUGAGUGGCUCUAUUCCUUGUUCCAUUGGAAAUUUAAGCAAUUUAGAAGUUUUAUACCUCCACACCAACAACCUUUCUGGCUCCAUUCCCGAGGAGAUAGGUAACUUGAAAUCUAUUUCAGAUUUGCGAUUGGGCAUAAAUCACCUGAGUGGCUAUAUUCCUCGUUCCAUUGGAAAUUUAAGCAAUUUAGAAGUUUUAUACCUCCACACCAACAACCUUUCUGGCUCCAUUCCUGAGGAGAUAGGCAACUUGAAGUCUAUUUCAGAUUUGGGGUUGGGCAUAAAUCACUUGAGUGGCUCUAUUCCUUGUUCUAUUGGAAAUUUAAGCAAUUUAGAAGUUUUAUACCUUCAUACCAACAACCUUUCUGGCUCCAUUCCUAAGGAAAUAGGCAACUUGAAGUCUAUUUCAGAUUUGGGGUUGGGCAAAAAUCGUCUGAAUGGCUCUAUUCCUCGUUCCAUUGGAAAUUUAAGCAAUUUAAAAGUUUUAUACCUCUACACCAACAACCUUUUUGGCUCAAUUCCCGAGGAGAUAGGCAACUUGAAGUCUAUUUCAAAUUUACAAUUGAGCACAAAUCAUCUGAGUGGCUUUAUUCCUCGCUCCAUUGGAAAUUUAAGCAAUUUAAAAGUUUUAUACCUCCACACCAACAACCUUUCUGGCUCUAUUCCUGAGGAGAUAGGCAACUUGAAGUCUGUUUCAGAUUUAGGGUUGGGUAAAAAUCGUCUGAAUGGCUCUAUUCCUCGUUCCAUUGGAAAUUUAAGCAAUUUAAAAGUUUUAUACCUCUACACCAAUAACCUUUCUGGCUCUAUUCCCGAGGAGAUAGGCAACUUGAAGUCUAUUUCAGAUUUGGGGUUGAGCAUGAAUCACCUGAGUGGCUCUAUUCCUCGUUCCAUUGGAAAUUUAAGCAAUUUAAAAGUUUUAUACCUCCAUACCAACAACCUUUUUGGCUCUAUUCCCGAGGAGAUAGGCAACUUGAAGUCUAUUUUAGAUUUACAGUUGGGCACAAAUCAUCUGAGUGGCUUUAUUCCUCGCUCCAUUGGAAAUUUAAGCAAUUUAAAAGUUUUAUACCUCCACACCAACAACCUUUCUGGCUCUAUUCCCGAGGAGAUAGGCAACUUGAAGUCUGUUUCAGAUUUGGGGUUGGGCAAAAAUCAUCUGAAUGGUACUAUUCCUCGUUCCAUUGGAAAUUUAAGCAAUUUAGAAGUUUUAUACUUCUACACCAAUAACCUUUCUGGCUCCAUUCCCGAGGAGAUAGGCAACUUGAAGUCUAUUUCAGAUUUGGGGUUGAGCACGAAUCACCUGAGUGGCUCUAUUCCUCGUUCCAUUGGAAAUCUAAGCAAUAUGAAAUCUUUGUUUCUAAGCUUCAACAACCUUUCUGGCAUCAUUCCUCAUGAAGUUGGGAAUUUAUUGAAGUUGAUUGAACUAGAGUUGUCCCAUAAUCACUUUACAGGUUCUCUUCCCCAUAAUGUUUGUCGAAGUGGAUCACUUACCACCUUUCUCAUUGGUGGGAACAAUUUGCUUGGUCGUAUCCCUAAAGAUUUGAAAGAAUGCUCAAGCUUAAUUAGAGUCCGCCUCCAAGGAAACCAAUUUAUUGGAAAUAUUUCUGAGGAUUUUGGUGUCUAUCCAAAUCUAACUUUUAUAGAUCUUAGUCACAAUAAAUUUUAUGGUGAAAUCUCAUCUACUUGGGCAAGGUGCUCUCGGUUAGGUACUUUAAAUGUCUCUGGAAACAAUAUUACUGGGAGCAUUGUGCUGCAUAUUCAAAAUUCGAUCGAAUUACAUGAACUUGACCUUUCUUCAAAUCAUUUAAUUGGAGAGAUUCCAGUGGAACUUGGAAAGUUGACUUCUCUUAACGAGCUUGUUUUAACAAGGAAUCAUCUCUCUGGAGGUAUACCUCAUGAAAUUGGAUUACUCACAGAACUUGAGUACCUUGACUUGUCUACAAAUAGAUUACGCAAGUCAAUCCCAGGAGAAUUAGGGAGCCUGUCGAAAUUGCAUUAUUUAAAUUUGAGAAACAAUCAGUUUAGUCUCGAAAUUCCAUUUCAAUUGGGUAAUUUGAUUCAACUCUCAGAACUAGAUUUGAGUCAUAAUUUACUCAAAGGAGAGAUACCUUCUCAGAUUUGUAACAUGGAGAGUUUGGAAUAUCUAAAUCUUUCCUACAAUAACCUUUCUGGUUUCAUCCCAAGUUGCUUUGAAGAUAUGCAUGGAUUGUCACGUAUUGACAUAUCUUAUAACGAGUUACAAGGUCCAAUUCCCAACAACAAAGCAUUUCGAGAUGCUCCAAUUGAAGCAUUACAAGGGAAUAAAAGAUUGUGUGGCAAUGUUAGUGGAUUCACACCUUGCAGCUCUCUCACUUCACAAAAACACGUCUUAGAAAAGAGGUUGGUAAUUUCCUUUGUUGCUUUAGGAGCACUUGCUCUUCUAAUUGUUGUGACAAUAAUGUUCUUUUGUUUUCGAAGAAAGAAACAAGAGCUACAGAAAGAACGUAGAAGUGUGAACAAUUAUAAAUUUCUUUCAGCAUUAAAUUUUGAUGGGAAAACAAUGUUUGAAGAAAUUGCGAGUGUAACAGAGAAUUUUGAUGCCAAGUAUUGCAUCGGGAGUGGUGGAUCUGGAAGUGUUUACAAAGCACAACUUCUAUCAGGGCCUAUUUUGGCAAUAAAGAAAUUUCACUCAUUUCAUUCUGAUGAUAUAGAUGACCAAAAAGAGUUUUUGAAUGAAAUAAGUGCAUUAACAGAAAUACGACAUCGAAAUAUUGUGAAAUUUAUCGGUUUUUGUGUACAUUCUCAACACUCUUUCUUAGUUUAUGAGUAUUUUGAAAGAGGUAGCUUGGACACAUUAUUUAGUAGAGAAGCUACAGCAACAGAAUUGGAUUGGGGUAAGAGAGUAAAUAUCUUAAAAGGUGUGGCUGAAGCCUUGUCCUAUUUGCACCAUGGUUGCUCCCCCCCAAUAGUCCAUCGAGACAUAUCAAGCAAAAAUGUGUUUUUGGAUUCAGAAUAUGAAGCUCAUGUUUCAGACUUUGGAAUUGCCAAAUUUCUCAAGCCAGACUCAUCCAAUUGGACACAAAUUGCAGGCACAUAUGGAUACAUUGCACCAGAAUUGGCUUACACCAUGAAGGUAAAUGAGAAAUGCGAUGUAUAUAGUUUUGGAGUGUUAGCAUUAGAAGUGAUUAAGGGAAAUCAUCCAGGUGAUAUCAUUCCUUCUUUGUCCUCUCUGUUCACUUGGGAGAACAUGUUGUUGAACAAUGUUUUGGAUCCACGUCUUCCGCUUCCUUUGCCUACUAUUCGUGAUCAACUAAUGGCAGUCAUAAAACUAGCAAUUGAUUGCUUGGGUUCCAAUCCUGAAUUCAGGCCCACCAUGGAAGUGGUUUCUCAUAUGUUUUGAGCCGCAAGGGAUCGUUUAUUAAUACUAAGUAGAAUGUCUUCUGCUAUGGAAGAAAUAUAAUUUGUGUUAUUUUGUUAUUCUGGUUCACUGUAAGCAUCUAGUUUUCAAGGCAUGCGUUUUAUUUCCUUAUAAUUUUUAUGUAUUAGUCAAGGCUUUAUGAAAAAUAAAAGUUCCAAAACUAAGAAAUGCAUGUUUAAAUUACUUGAAAAUAAAAGUUCUAUAUAUCAGUGAUUCAAUAA